UGAGCCCAUCUGCUCAAAUUCCUUGUCAACAUUUUCCUCAGUUUUUGUCUCAAACUUAAUUAAUUAAGUAAUUAUUGGCGACAGCAAUUAAAGAAUUAUAAAUUUAUGGUGAGUGUAGUGGGCAAGUUAUUCAACUCGAAGGCACAUAAUUUUCACGUAGUCCAACUUCUCGAAAAUUAUGGAGCCAGAAUCCCUUCAACGGACCGGAAGUCACACCGGAUUACUCGAUAGUGUGGUUCCUCCUCCUCCCCCCAAACCCAGAAAACCCCCCCGACGCCUGACCCCAGAGGAGAGAGCGGUCAUGUUAGAAAAACGAAAAAAGACCAUCCCAGAAGUCCUUGGCCCCCUCGUCGAGACGGCGGACGGGCGAAAAAUGUACGAAAAUUAUGAAGUCGUUCUAGAAAAUGAAAAUUACGUCUGCGUCACGUGCGGCUUUAUUACUGGGCCACAAUACACGAAUAACUGGCGUCGAUUGCGCGUUAUUAAGAUGCACAUCAAGGCGAAACAUUUAAAUGCUUAUCGAUGCGAUUCGUGCGAAAGGAAUUUUACCACGCAUAAAUGUUACCAAGGCCACCUCCGAAAUGUACAUCACCCCGAAAAACUGACCCUCUAUUUAUGCGACCUCUGUGGAAAAUCCGUCUCCGACAUGGACACGCACUUAUGGGGGCACAAGUCCCCCGAAGAAAAAGAGGAAAUCAUCAAAUCUGGCAAAGGCUUUGCAAUCCUACCGUGUCCCAAGUGUGGCAAAGAAUUUGCCGGGUUUGAUAAACUCGCAGCCCAUCAAAUCCAGGCUUAUCGGUGUAAAGGAAGUGAACUAUAUUCCCCCGAAUUAAUUUUCGGAAUUAGUUCAAACCGGAAACUGCCAUGUCCCACGUGUGGCAAGAUGGUCUUCCUAGUCAAUCUCGUCCGGCAUGAAUGGACCCAUAAAAAUGCGGCGGAAAAAGAAGAGACUGCCCGGCUCGGGACAGCGCCAAUGGUUCGGUGCAGUAUUUGCGACAAAUUUGUGUAUCGCACGGAUUACACGAAACAUGUCGAAGCUCACAAGAAACUUGGGGACAAGACGCAUUUCCACUGUGACUGGGAGGGGUGUGGUCGCAAAUAUUUGGAAGAGGAGCAUUUAAUCCGACACAGGAAAAUGGAACAUGAAGGUGUCGAACUUGCCCUUAGUAAGAGAGAUUUAAGAAUUGGAGUCGUUUCACUGCGAUGUCCAGACCCAUCCUGCUCCUCGCGCCGUUUUACGACACAACUCAGCCUGCAAGGUCACAUUGGUCGUCGCCACGAGUUCAAGGUCCGAGCGGAGCGUCCCUUCAAAUGUGAAAUUUGUCAAGCUCGGUUCCUCAUCAAGGGUGAUCUCACCCGACAUUUGAAGAACCACCGUCCUCGUGAAGACUUCACGCUGACGUGUCCCCAGUGUCCCAUGCUGUUCUUUAAGUCGAGCUUAUUAAAGACGCAUUUGACCUUGGAACAUGCCGUCCCAAAGGAAAGCAGGACCGAGCGGGAUCGAAAAAUCCGCGAGGAAGCUAAAAACCUCGGCGAGCGGCCCUUCGAGUGUGACAUUUGCCAUGCCAAAUUCCAGGUCAAAACUGCUCUCGGCACGCAUAUGAGCAAGCACCGUCCACGGGAAGAGUACACGCUGUCUUGUCCCCAUUGUCCCGCAUUGUUUGCCUUCAAACAACCGUUAAGGUGGCAUUUAACUGUGGAACAUGCAGUGCCGAAGGAAAGCAAUAAAGUGAGAUUAAGAAGAUAUUACGACCUAAGGAAAGCAGCAGAGGCUGCUAAGAAGGCUGUCAAGAAGAAUGACGACAAAGUUCCUCGGAAGAAAAACUCUCGCCAAUCGUCACCAUCCCGGAAAAAGGCCAUUUCUCGUCCAAAACGUACAAAAAUUGAGCAUAAUCCGGAUGAAGAAAUUGAAAUUAAGAAAGAAGCUUGCCCCAUUCGGGAUGUCCUUUCUUCCGAAGGGGAGGAGGACGACGAUACACCCAAUGAUGAAGCAAAGGUUGAGAUUAAGUCUGAAGAUGAAGAAUCAAACGGUGACCAUGAUAAUGAUACAAAUUGGUCACCAUUUAGCGGCGAGAUCAAAUCUGAGGAUGAGAGCAACAGUGAUAUUGACGGGGAGGGUGAAUACAAGGGUUUUAAAAUGUUAACUUUUGACGGUAAUUCGUCGUCUGAUGAAGACCAUGGAGGAGAUGAAGAUCCACUAAAAUUUUAAAAUAAUUAUAGUAUUUAUGUAUGUAAUAAGGGUAUUCAUUACGAGUUUUCAUGUUCGCGUCGCGUCGCAACAUAAUUUGGAAAGAAAUCACUAGUUUUGGAGAUGCGCAAGUUCACAAAUAAAUUUUUUCAAGCCCAAUUUUUUUGCAAACUUUGUGUUUUUUAUAACAAUGCAAACUCGUAAUGAAUACGCUCGAUACAUAUUUUUGUAUUA